UUAAUUUCUUUAUUCAUUACGUUAUUUGUUUAUUCAUGAAUCUUUAAAUAUACAUUUUUUUAAAGUAUGUACAUUAGUUUACGAAUAUUCCGUUGUAGACUACUAUCGUACAGUCUUAAUAAUAUCAUGGCGGUGAGACAAUCAAGUGAUAUGGCGCAAUUCAAAGCGGUUUUAAAAUCUGCAAAACAAGUCGUUAUCUUAUCUGGAGCCGGUAUAAGUGCUGAAUCCGGUAUACCCACAUUUAGAGGGGCUGGUGGUUAUUGGAGGAAGUAUCAGGCCGCAUCCUUAGCUACCCCUGGAGCCUUUAAAACUAGUCCUAGUUUAGUUUGGGAGUUUUAUCAUUAUAGGAGAGAAGCGGCCGCUAAAGCGGUACCAAAUGCGGGCCACAUUGCUAUAGCUGAUUUUGAAAACAAGCAUGGUUCUGAGAAAAAUGUUACAGUUAUCACACAAAAUGUAGAUGGACUGCAUGCGAGGGCUGGCACCAAAAACUUAAUAGAACUUCAUGGUAAUCUCUAUAAAACCCGCUGCACUAAAUGUAAAGAAGUUUUGGUUAAUACAGAUAGUCCCAUUUGUGAGGCAUUGGCUAAUAGAGGUGCUCCAGAUGCAAAUGUAGUUGGCUCUGAUAUACCAGUAAAGGAUCUUCCACACUGCAAAAAAUCUGGCUGCAAUGGCUUACUGAGGCCACAUAUUGUGUGGUUUGGAGAAAGUUUAGAGCCUGCUAUUCUUAGUAAUGCAGAAGCAGUUAUGUCGACAUGUGAUGUAUGUUUAGUAGUAGGUACAUCAUCUGUGGUCUACCCCGCAGCUAUGUUCGCUCCCCAGGCGGCCGCAAGAGGCGCAAUAGUCGCAGAGUUCAACUUAGAACCCACACCAGCCACACCUGAUUUCCAUUAUUACUUUCAGGGUACUUGCGGCACAACAUUACCUGAAGCUUUAGCAGACUAA